UUACAACUCGAUCAAUUUUAAUAAUAGAAAGUUGGUUUACAAUGUCAAGGAUAACUUCAAAUUCCGAACCACUUGUCGAGGAACCUCCACAAGUUACCUUUCGUAUCCCUACAAAUUCCACAUCUUCAAGUAGAGCAUCUUCAGUAAUUUCUAUUGCUUCUGCAAAUUUUACUUUAAAGCAACCACGUUACCAUACUCUAUACAAGCCUUCAUGGCGUGAACAGUUGGCUGUGGAACUCGAUAACUCUGCUAUUGGUAGUAUAUGGAAAUUGGUUGACGCUUUCUUCAAUAUAUUAUUGUGUGUUGUUUACGUCGCAAACACAAGUCACAUGAAAGGAACGUUACCAACGCUUAAUAUAUGGUUUGAGGUCGUGUUGUCAAUUUUAUUAUUAUUAGAAUAUAUUCCAAAGUUUUAUAUUUACGAGUUUUAUUCGUGGCGCUCGAUAUUUACUAGUCCUACACCGAUUCUGACUGUUUUAACCAUUUACCCUGUGGUUGCAACUGCAAUAGACCCUGUUUUUCAACAAACCCGUUAUAUAGUUUUCUUUUAUCCUUUCAGGUUCAUUCGUUGCUAUUUUUCUGUAUGUGAUUGUUUAGUAAGGAGUGAAAAAUCUGUUUUGAAAUUGGGCCAAGUUACUAGUAGAUUUUUGAUCUUUUUACAAUCCAUAAUAUUUCUUGUAUUGACCGGUUCCUCUUUAUUACAUGGCGUGGAGAAUGCUUAUAUGAAAGCACAAAAUCUUACUUUCUUAGACGCUGUAUUCUUUACGACUAUUAUGUUGGGUACCGUUGGCUACCUUAGUGAUAUAGUACCCGAUAAUGCAUUCCCAAGGAUUCUUUUAUUGGCCAUUUUUACAACUGGUUUGAUAUUUAUUCCGUAUUCUAUAUCGGAAUUGAUCGCGCUAAUUCGUUCAAAAUCAGUUUACGAUAAACCAUUUAAGAAGAUUUCUCAGCAACCGCACGUAAUUAUUAUUGCACCAACUAUAGAAUUACCUUCAUUAAGACAUUUUUUGAAAGAAUUCUAUUCUACGGCGCAUGGUUCUGCGACGGUUAAUACUAAGGUUGUGAUACUAAAUCCUGUAGAACCUACAGAUCGCGUGAGAACAUUUCUCUCUGAUCCUGUCUUCGCACAUCGUGUGCAAUAUGUUCGUGGAAGUUCACUCGAAGCGCGUAGCCUUGAAAAGGCUGAUGCAAAAAAUGCGUCUGCGUAUUUCAUUUUAGCUAAAAAAUAUACUCAGCAAAGUGAAAUAAUAGAUGCAGAGAACGUAUUGAAAACUAUUGCAUUAAGAAAAUUCAAUCAGGGGCCAAAACUUUAUAUUCAAUGCAUUUUGCCAGAGAAUAAAGUUCAUUUUGAGAGUUUAAACCCUGAACAAAUAAUAUGUACUGAUGAAUUAAAACUUGCUAUUCUUGCACACUCGUGUCUUACUCCUGGAUUUUCAACUCUUAUAUAUGGUCUAACCACUUCAUUUACGUUUGAAUCUGCACAUGAGUUAAGGAAGAGGCAAAAUUCGGAUGGCUUUGACACUAAUGCUAUUGAAGAUUAUAUUACUGGAAUGUCACAAUCAAUAUAUACUACAACUUUAUCCGAAUAUUUUUCGGGACGAACUUUCUUGGAGGUCGCUGUUCGACUAUAUGAUAGUUUGGGUAUAGUUUUGUUUGCCAUUGGAAUUCCAAAACAACGUUCAAUUGGCAGAUAUGCAGGUUGGAGUUAUGAUCAAAAUAGUGAGGAAGAGGAAGAUACCAAAAAUUAUAUGGUGUUAAUAAACCCUGGGGAUUAUACCGUGAAAGGUGAUGAGAUUGGAUUCGUUAUUGCAUCACAUAGUUCUAUAGCAGAUGAUGUUUCAUCUUAUGAGGGUGGAAAUCAAAGAAAUGAAAGACAAGCGCAAGUACAACCAGAAAGACAACCGUUGUUAUCUGCAGAUGUAUUGAAGAACAAUUCAGGAGGAGGAUACUUUGAUAUAAAGAAAAAAGGGGGCCCAUCUACAACACCAGACGCACAACUUGAAUACCCACACAGACCUGAUUCUUCAACUAUGCGUCGUCACCGUGCAAUGUCAACACCUGAUCAACGCAAUGACCAUCAAGCUCAUCAUUCUUCACAUCAUUCUUCUCAUCCUUCACAUCAUCCUCCACAUCCUUCAUAUACCAUUGAUCCUGCGAGUACCACUCUCGCAAAUAUCGUACAUGAAAUUGAACAUCCAAAUUCUGUUGUCGAUACUAUCAUUGGUCAUAUUCUUAUAUGUGAUUAUUCCCCAACAAUAUUCCCACGUAAUCUUGAUUGUUUUGUUAGUCCAUUGCGUAAACCAUAUUUAGAAAAAAUAAUCCCUAUAGUAAUUUUAUCCCUGGUAAGGCCAAGCCAAAGUCAAUGGAAAAUUCUGAGUCAUUUUGAUCAAAUUUAUUUUGUGCAAGGAAACCCAAUGACGAGAGAGGGUUUAGAACUUGGCCGAGUAAAACAUGCUAAACAAGCCGUGAUUUUAGCAGAUUCCACAAGAAUCUUAAGAAAUGGAGAAAAAACAGAAGAUGCAUCAGCAAUGUUAGUAUAUUUGAAUAUUAAGGCUAUGUGUAAGGUUGAUAUUGACGUAUUUGUAGAAUUUGUUCAUAUGGAUAAUAUGAAAUUUAUGUCCGAAGAUGCAUCGGCCAUUGAUAAAAAUAUGAAAGCCCACCAUUCUCCAGCUUUUAUGGCUGGCACGUGUUUCACGUUAUCUAUGCUUGAUAGUAUUAUUUGUCAAUCAUUUUAUCAACCACAUCUCGUAGCAAUAAUUCAACAUUUGCUUUUUGGAGCUCGCCCAUUACAUUUGCUCUCUGGAGCUACUUGUCCUGCUCCAGUCUAUUCACACUGUUUUCAAAUUUCUGUUCCAGAGGCAUACAUUGGAUUUCAAUAUGGUGUGUUAUUCAAAUAUCUUGUGGAAGAGAAGAAAGUUAUACCUUUAGGAUUGUAUCGAACCAAGAGAGUAAAAACUUCUGAUAGUAAUAUAAAAUCAAUUAAAUAUGUUUAUACUUGUCCUAAAUAUAAUGUAUGUUUAAGAGAUAGUGAUAAGGUUUUUAUAUUGAGCAAAAGAAUGCCUGUCUGUCAGUGAGCAUGUAGAAUUACUACUACUAUAGAUGAAAUUGAUUAGCUUUGAAGAUUGUAUAUUAGUAAUGUAAUUUGUAUAAUGAUAACUGAGAUAUAUUUUUUGUUUAUUUAUUAGCCAGCAAUCAUUUAAAAAAAAAAAAUAAGAAUAAAACAAAA